UACAGCGACUAGGUUCACUCUCUGACACUUCGAACGUGCUAAUAUCAUUUCUUUAUAAAUUGUCGUGUUAUGCUGUUUGGACUUUGGACGACCAAAAUUUUGGGAGCAUUGAGGAAUGGCCAGCACUGCCACAACCGCCCACAACCCUGCUUUGGACCUGGACACGGAUGCUCCGGAUGAUCCCGGUCACGAGUUAGCCGAGUUUGGAGCCGGGUGCUUCUGGGGUGUGGAGUUGGCUUUUCAGCGAGUGGUCGGGGUGGUGAGGACUGAGGUCGGGUACUCUCAGGGUCACGUCCCGGAUCCGAACUACAAACUAGUUUGCUCCGGAACCACUAACCAUGUGGAAGUGGUGCGGGUCCAGUUCGAUCCGAAUGUUUGCCCAUACACCAGUCUCCUCUCUCUCUUCUGGUCUCGCCAUGAUCCGACAAGCCUCAAUCGCCAGGGUGGUGAUGUGGGAGCACAAUAUCGAUCAGGAAUAUACUACUACAAUGAGAACCAGGCUCGUUUGGCUCAGCAAUCAAAGGAAGCUAAGCAGUUGGAGUUGAAAGAUGAGAAGAUUGUGACAGAAAUUCUUCCGGCAAAAAGGUUUUACAGAGCAGAGGAAUAUCACCAACAAUAUCUUGAAAAGGGUGGAGGUAGAGGCACAAAACAGUCUGCCGGGAAGGGUUGCACUGACCCUAUCAGGUGCUCUGGUUGAUGUGAUGCUGUGAUUGGGAGUUAUUAUGUUGGACUUCUUGCUUGUAACUUCUAGUUUUGUAUUUAAAAAGCUGCUGUGGUUUAUGCACGGAGUUAUCCUA